GACACAAUAUAAUAAAUCCCCAUUAGUAAAAUAUUUAACACUGUACUGUUCUUGCCCGUGUAUGGAUGUCAUUUAAAAAAAAGAUAAAGUUAAACACGACAUCGAUCCUGGCUUGGAAGCCCGUUUGCUGCCUGAUGGUGGCAGUGUUUCACUGGACUCACGUCCGAGGGAAUGAAGAAGAAGAAGUAGGCGGGACAAACAAACCCAGAUGCGAUGUGAUAAACCAGUUUAUCUCGCCUUUCGUUUUGUUCAACGUGUCAGUGAAGUAUCGACGUAAACAUGAGUUCAUUCGCAGGCCGAAUGAGGGAGUACCCUCAUAUAUCUUUGGACCGGUUCGAUCGUGAGAACCUACAUGCCCGGGCGUAUUUCCUCUCCCACUGUCACAAAGAUCACAUGAAAGGACUCAAGGGACCGAUGCUGAAGCGGAAACUACAAUUCAGUGUAACGGUGAGGCUGUACUGCUCUUUUGUCACCAGAGAGCUGCUUCUGAGCAAUCCCAAAUAUGCCUUCUGGAGAGCAUAUAUAGUUGCCUUGGAGGUGGACAGCCCCACUCACAUAUCCCUGGUGGACGAGGCCACAGGCGAGAAGGAGGACGUCCUUGUCACACUGCUGCCUGCAGGGCAUUGCCCUGGCUCAGUCAUGUUUCUGUUGGAAGGCUCCCAUGGAAAUGUGUUAUAUACCGGGGACUUCAGGUUGGCGGUAGGAGAUGCCUCCAGGAUGGAACAUCUACACUCAGGCAGCAGAGUGAAGGACAUUCAGAGCGUUUAUGUGGAUUCCACUUUCUAUGACCCACGGUUCUACCAGAUUCCUUCUCGAGAAGUCUGUCUGAGAGGAAUCUCUCAGCUCAUCGGUAACUGGAUCAGCCAGAGCAAAUAUCAUGUCGUGUGGCUGAACUGCAAAGCUGCAUAUGGAUACGAGUACUUGUUUAUAAACCUGGGCGAAGAGUUUAACACACAAAUUCAUGUCAACAACCUGACGAUGUUCAAAAAAAUGCCAGAGAUCCUGGACUACGUGACGACAGACCGCAGGACUCAGAUCCACGCCUGCAGACACCCAAAGGAUGAGGAGUUCUUUCAGAGCAGCCGGUUGCCAUGUGGCUGCUCUGCUCCGGACGGGACUCCUCUCAACAUCAUCAGCAUCAAACCGUCCACCAUGUGGUUUGGUGAGCGAAUGAAGAAAACCAAUGUUAUCAUUAAAUCUGGAGCCAGCUCAUACAGAGCCUGCUUCAGCUUCCAUUCAUCCUACUCAGAGAUUAAGGACUUCCUGUCGUACCUCAAACCUGUCAACAUUCACCCCAGUGUUGUCCCGAUAGGUCGAACCAGGAGCGAAGUCUCUCAGCUUUUGAACCUGAUGUGCAGGAAGCCGUCUGAUCAAGCUUUUGUUUACCAACCUCUGGGAGUCCUUAAGCGCACCCAGGCGGCGCGACCCAUAUACGAGUCCGAUAGUGAUGAGGAGCUGUUUGAUAAAAUCAACCUGGAACCAGUGAGGAAGAAAAUGGCUCUUCAGGAAACAGUGAAAGCUUCUGCUCCAACGCCCGAGAGGACGGUGAAACCUGUGGUGAUAAAUGAGCCAUUCCUGUCGACAGCCUCAGAGAAGCAGCCUGUCUCGCAUGACUAUGUGGACUGUACUGAGUCGAACGAUGAAGACGAGGAUGAAGAUGAAGAGGCGGGCACAGCAGUGCUAACGGUAGAGGUGAAGAUGGAGGAGAAGGAAAACACAUUUGUGGAGGAAGGCGAGUCGUUGAAAAAGGCUGACUGGAAAGAUUUCUUCACCACCGAGGCACUACCUGACAGCCAGGGCAGCCGCUCGCAUUCCUGCUGCUCCAUGCCAAGCCCCGCCCCCUCCAGGAUGACAGGUUCUCAAACCCCAGAGCUGUUCAGUGAGGAGGAAGAAAUCCGGGAUGAAAACUUCAGCCUGGCCCUGUCAGACUCCAGUCAUUCCUCUCAGAACCUCCCGGACACUUUGAUACUGCGACCGGAUUCGGUCAGCAUCGACGCACAAUCCAGUGAGAGCCACAGCCGCCCGUCGGAACAGGAGGAGCUGCCAGCCUCUCAAGUGUCCUCAGACUUUGAGGUCCCCUGCAGCCCGGAGUCAAAGAUGCCUCCGGCUGCUGAGCUCAUGCUGCUGUACAGGAAGUUGGCUUCAGGAGAGGAAGUGGUCAUCAGGAAGGGAAGUCAGGGCUCAGUGUGACCACUCCCACUGCAUCUCUUUACCCUUGACCAAAAAAGACUUCCAUUAUAAUGCACUUUAAAUACCUUUUUAGACCAGAAUACUUUCACUGAGUUUGAAUAACAAAUGCUUUAAUCCAUUCCUUCUCAUUCAUGUUGAAUUAGAACAAACUUACUUGCUUUUUUUUCUUUUUUUAAAUCAAUGUUUCAUUUUGUGAGUAUUUCAUAUCACGGACCUUGUAUACUACAUUGCGUUGUUUUGUGAGGUGCAUUACUACUUCAUUCCACCCCUACUAACAAGGAUGCAUUCAAAGAUAGUAAUACUGCAAAUGGUCGAGGUCUUUAACCCAAACCAUGUAUAUUAGUGAAGAAAUUACACAUUAUUUUAAGUUUUUUUCCUGACUUUACCUUCCUUCCUCCUCUGUCUCAACACUGGAACACAUGACCCACGAUGUAAACAAUGUGCUGAUGCUUUUAUUUUGGAGGACUCAAAGUUAUAUCCGACCGGCAAAACAUUUUCACACAUUCCGAGGAUAACAUUCCUGUGGUUCUCACAUGUAAUGUGACUGUAUUUACAGUAGAUAUGCUAAUUUGCUGAGUAAAAGCAGAACCAAAACAAGGCGGCAGAAUAGUCCUCCAACUGUCAAAGGCCUCAUUAGAGGAGAAGCAGGAGGUGAGGCAGCAGGUUGACUCUUCAUUAAGUCACAGUCCGUUCCCCCACAGCGGCUUCCUGAGGGACGAAGGGUCUUUCUCACUCUCUGUGGACCACAACAGCAUUGCUUACAGGACCUGACAAUCGCCUGAGAAAGCCACAGUGUGUGAGCGGUUUGUUUGUGCGCGCUGUCUCUCAUGCUCUUCUGACCCUCCAUUGCUUGCCAGGGAAUUCUCCUCUCCACCUCUGUGCGUGUGUUCCUGCUGUUUCUCACCACAUGGGGGGAUUGAACGCUAGAAUAUUUCACCAAACACACUCAGCACUUUCUAAAGGGCUACUGCAUUGGAGUAUUUGUGAAAUAAUGUUCAGGACAUCACAUGAUAAAUAUGGCAUUGUUUUGAUUUUAUUUUUUGCUCAUGAUUGUGUUGACACAUCAUUAUUUUCUGCUAAACGCUAUGAUCAUAUUUAUCUUAUCAUGAUUGAACAUGGUUAUGCUCAGACCCAGACGGUGAUAGUGCCUCUCCUCCAUCCUGGUUGUUUUUUUUUUUUUUUUUUUAAAAACAACCAGGUU